UUACAGGCUACGUUGGACCUGGGCUGAAAUGUGGGUGAGACAGAGCAGAGCCCAUAUAUCCUGGAAUGCCAUAGUCCAAGACAAGCCCAGAAGGAGGAAGCAGGAGGUUCACCCUUUCCCUGGGAGGCUAGCCUUCACCCCUAUAAGCCACAGGCUAAGCAGAGACCUCUGUCUGCAACCAGGCAGCCCCUGCAGGUAUGCUGAGCUCUGAGUAGAGCUAUCGCUCCUGAUUCUUCAAAGUGGACCCCAAGGGAGAAACCCAAGGAAGGCCGUGGCCACCGAGCAGUCCAAGAUACCCAGAAGCAAACUUGGAGAUGAGACCUGAAGAAAGUUGGGGCCAUGUUAACCCUGAGCACUGUGAAGAAGCAAAUUCUGUAUCAGAAAAGUCCAUCAUCAAUUUAGAUGAAGAAGAUCCUCAAAUCUGCCGUGUAUGUGGGGACAAGGCCAAUGGCUAUCACUUCAAUGUCAUGACAUGUGAAGGAUGCAAGGGAUUUUUCAGGAGAGCCAUGAAGCGCAAUGUCCGGUUGAGGUGCCCGUUCCGCAAAGGGACCUGCGAGAUAACCCGGAAGACGCGGCGGCAGUGCCAGGCCUGCCGCCUGCGCAAGUGUCUGGACAGCGGCAUGAAGAAGGAGAUGAUCAUGUCUGACGCGGCCGUGGAGCAGAGGCGGGCCUUGAUCAAGAGGAAGAGGAAGGAGAGGAUUGAGGCUCCACUGCCUGAGGGGCAGGGGCUGACUGAAGAGCAGCGGGGGCUGAUCCAGGAGCUGAUGGAUGCUCAGAUGAAAACCUUUGACACCACUUUCUCCCAUUUCAAGGAUUUCCGGCUACCAGCGGUGUUUAACAGUGGCUAUGAGCUUCCAGGGUUUCUGCAGGCCUCACUCUCAGAAGAUCCUGCUACAUGGAGCCAACUCAUGAAAGACGUGAUUCCUAUGAAGAUCUCUCUGCAGUUGCGGGGGGAAGACGGCAGUAUCUGGAACUACCAACCCCCAUACAAAAGGGAUGGGAAAGAGAUCAUUCCACUGCUGCCCCAUCUGGCUGAUGUGUCAACCUACAUGUUCAAAGGCGUCAUCAACUUUGCCAAAGUCAUCUCCUACUUCAGGGACCUGCCCAUCGAGGACCAGAUCUCCCUACUGAAGGGGGCCACCUUUGAGAUGUGCCUCCUGAGGUUCAAUACGAUGUUCAACACAGAGACUGGGACCUGGGAGUGUGGUCGGCUGGCCUACUGCUUCGAAGACCCUGAUGGUGGCUUUCAGAAACUUCUACUGGAUCCGUUGAUGAAAUUUCACUUCAUGUUGAAGAAGCUGAAACUGCAUAAGGAGGAAUACGUACUGAUGCAGGCCAUCUCUCUCUUUUCCCCAGACCGCCCUGGUGUGGUACAGCGCAAUGUGGUAGACCAGCUGCAGGAGCGAUUUGCCCUUACCUUGAAGGCUUACACUGAGUGCAGCAGGCCAUAUCCCACCAAUAGGUUUCUGUUCCUGAAGAUCAUGGCUGUCCUCACUGAACUACGAAGCAUCAAUGCCCAGCAAACCCAACAGCUGUUGCGCAUCCAAGAUACACAUCCCUUUGCUACCCCCCUCAUGCAGGAGUUGUUCAGCAGCACAGAUGGCUGAGUGCCUGCCUUGGAGUAAAGAGAGACUCCGUGGGACAGCCAGACCCAGAGAUCUCUAAACUGCUACAUCUGGGGCUAGACAGAUGGACACACUGAUAGCCAACAAUGCCAUGACUGCAGCUGGGCUAGCAUUCCUCAGAAUCAAUGGGAGCUCCCAGGCCCCAGUUCAGCCUAUGGAGAGUGCUGGCCUAUAGGUUAGGCCCAUUCCUGUAGUUAGGAAUAAACCCCUAAAUUUCACUAAAUUCUAAAGUAUUGGGUGGGGAAGGGAAAGGGGGUACCAGAUCGAGCCAUGAGAAGGUCUGCACCUACUCCACAGUCAUUCUAAACCUCAAGCCUGAGCUGCUUGUGGGGUUCAGAGCUGUGCUCACCAGCAAGUUCGCUGGUGUCUUUUAGAGUCUGGGAGCCCUGCACCAAACACCAGAAGCUUGUCAUGACCUUGUUCUUGGCACAUCGUCUUGAUUCCUGCGUGCAGUUGAACAUAUUGUUGAUCACUAACAAUACAUGACCUGCUGUGGGGGACACAGUACUGACUCAGAGGUGGAUCCUGACUCAAUGAGUUGAAAAAGGCAGAACUAAAGCAGUUGUUCCUAACAGCUUACAAAAACACCUAUUAUAACAGCUCAUUAGUAUGUAAAGUCAAAGAAGUGACAUGGGACAUAAGGUCAAAAAACUUCGUGUGGGUGCUGGGCUGCACUGGGGGGUCUGUGGGACCUAAGUGAGGGAACCCUAUGUCAGGUGCUUGUGGGAGGAAGGGGAGGGAACUGUGGCUGUGGGGACCUGUGUGUGACUUGAUGUGAGUAGGUCUGCGCCCCAUCUGACUGGAGCCUGGGUUUGCUUCUGAGGCUGGAGCACUGGGAUGAUCUAUGAUAAGGUAAUUAAUAAACAGGCAGGAGCAGAACUAUCUGCAUGCAUCAAAACUGCUGUGUACACCUUGAUUGUCAAAGCUAAAGUGUAUAAUUAUUUGUGAAUAAAACUGCUUUUGCCCUUUUGUAUGAAUGACUGACAACAUAAGGCAUACUCCGGACAAAUGACUUUUACAAACUUGUAACCAAAAAGUUACUCUUGUUAGCUAUUUCUAAUGUAGACAAGUUCACUGAACUAUGUGCUCCUCUCAUGACCUGGUCAUAUGGUCUCUACCCAUCAUGACCCUUCCUUGCCCUUGACUUAAAAUAAUGUAUAGAUGUUGUUUACGUAUCAGUGGCAAACAGCACUUAUCUCAUUACAAACAAUGAGAGAAAUCUAA